UGCCUGCACAUCCUGCACCGCCGCGGGGAAACACACGCUUCACUGUGUUGCUGUUGUGAUGCGUCUGAAUGAAUGGAGCGGCCAGCGCACUGUUCCUGUUGGUGGAUAUUUAAGAAAAUUAACAAGCGUUUAGACGGCCGCUGUUUACUUGGGUUUGAGUGCCCAGUGUAAGAUGCAGCCCACGCCGGGCCGGGCUCUGCAGGUGUAGGGAGGUGAGGCUGAAGGACUCCGCAGGCUGCCGGGGAGCUGCCAGGCGCCUGGAAACGCGGCCACGCUCUAUCGCCCCAUCAAACCAUACAUUUUUUAUACAGUCAUGACAUUUUCUGCUGUUUGGGAAUGGAUCGCUGUCUCCGUUACAGCCGUGUACUUUUAGUUAAGCGUUUUCCCACAUAGCUGGUGUGUGCCUGUGUGUGUUUCGGUGUGCGUGUGUGCGUGUGUGUGUGUGUGGCGACUGGAGGGAGCAGCCGCUGCGGGGAUCAGACGCCAGAGCCAACCAUGUCAUCAGUCGUGGUGUCCGAGGUGAAUGAGCUGACAGACCUGACAGACCUGCCCAUGGACAGCUGGAUGGCUCAUCUGCCCUGUGCAUUGUGGGACAUCCCCCUAUGCAAUCUGGCCAUCCCAGGAAGCCACAAUGCAAUAACGUACUGUCUGGAUAUGAAUGACAGGUCCCCUGUUGACCUUACUCAGCCAGAUAUGCUUCAGAAGUUGGACAAAUACAUGAAGCCCCUGAUCCGUCCAUUUGUUUACAAGUGGGCAGUAACACAGGAGUCCACAAUAAAGCAGCAGCUGGACUGUGGGGUCAGAUACUGCGACCUGAGGAUUGCACACAGACCCAACGACAGCUCCACUGAUCUGUACUUCUACCACGGUGUUUACACCACCGUCACCGUGGAGACUGUCCUGAUGGAGAUAGGAGAGUGGCUGGACGCUCAUCCCAGAGAAGUGGUCAUCCUCUCUUUCAGCCACUUCCUCGGCCUGAGCCCGGAGCUCCACAUGCUGCUACUCACAACCAUAAGGAACGUGUUCACCUCGAAGCUCUGUCCCAAAACGGAUGCGGUGACCCUUCGAAACUUGUGGGCUUUGGGCUACCAGGUGAUUGUGUCCUAUGAACAUCACAUUGUUAACUAUCACAGCGACCUGUGGCCACAUAUUCCUUACUGGUGGGCUAACAAAUGCAAAGCAGAGGCUCUUAUUGAGGAGUUUGAACACAGGAAACAACAUGGCCGGCCAGGAGGUUUAUUUGUUACAGGAAUUAAUCUGACCGAGGACCUAAAAUAUAUCUGCUCCCACCCAACAGAGUCCCUGAAGGACUUGGUGAUGUCCACAUAUCCGACCCUGUUGAGCUGGGUGAGGGAGCAGACCCCCGGCUCCAGAGUCAGCUCGCUCAAUAUAAUUGCUGGGGACUUUAUCACAGAGAGCCAGUUUGUACCAACUGUGGUUGCACUGAAUGAGAAAUUACUGAAAUGGUCCUCGUGAGUUUUGCAAUAGAAACCUUUACUAAUAUGCAUUGUUCUACAGAAAAAUGUGAAUAGCAGCAUGAAAUACACUUGUGCUUGUUUUGUUGAGGGACGGUAAAAUACUCAAGUUACUUGAAAUAAUUUAAGAUAUAAAUGCACUUAUUUGAGACAGUGAAAUGUAUAUUUCUGUCUUGAAGCUGCUUGAAAACAAACGUUAUCUUGACCUGCACUUGUUUUUUGUAUUUGUUUACAUUCAUCCUACUCUUUAUGCAAAGUACUGUAUCUGUUUUCACGAGUCGGCAAGGUGGGCAGUUUUAUGAUGUUACUGUGACCUAAGCAAUAAUGAUGAUAUGACUAAUCUCACCUUAACUUUGGCAUUUAGAUAUGCAAGCACAAAAAAUAUUACACAGAGCACAUGAGACAAAACUUUUCUAAAUGGUUAGCAAGCAAGCAAGUAUGGUUCGCAAGUUUAAAAAGUAGCGUAAUAGUACUCCCUCAAUACAGCACUAUAUCCAGCCAUGUAUUAUGCAUUUAUCCAUAGAGAAUGUUACCCCGGCAUAGGAAGAGACUAGACAUAUAUUAAGUGCAUGGAUACCCUCUCAGCAUGAACCCAGGCUUGACUGUUCCACAUCUGAAAUUGACUUUGCUGUAGCCAACAAUGUAGGCCUUCAUUUGAAAUAAAUGCCGCACCUCUGUGCCUGUGGAGAUCAGCUUUUUCAAUAAAC